UAUAAGUAAAAUAGUUUUACGGUCUGCCUGGAAUUAUUUUAGUAACAAGAUGCUGUUCGGAGUUGCUGAUUAUUUAGUUUUCAUUUGUACUAUUUUAAUAUCGUUUACUAUCGGUGUUUUCUUCGCAGUAUGGGAGAGGAAACGAAACACACCCGUGGACUACUUUCUUGCAGACAGGAACUCCAGUACAUGGCCUGUAGCACUGUCAUUUGUUGUAACAUUUCAGUCAUCUUUACUAAUACUUGGAUUUCCUGCGGAAGGAUAUGCAUAUGGCAUUGGAAUUGCAUACAAUGUAGUUGGAAGUGCUGCCGCUUACAUAUUCACGGCUUUGUUCAUCGUUCCAGUCUUCCAUCCGUUAAAAUUAACGAGCGUGAAUGAAUAUUUCCGCUUACGAUACGGAAACAAUGCUGUUAGGUAUAUGACUCUAGUUGCCGGUAUGAUAUUCAGUUUGUUCUACAUGGCAACAGUGAUGGUCGUUACUUGCGUUGCUCUCGACGUCGUUAUAGGAAUUUCUUUCUGGGGGACAAUACUUAUCUAUACUAUUGUUACUACAAUAUAUACUUCAGUUGGCGGUAUUAAGGCCGUAAUUUGGACAGAUGUAUUUCAAUUCAUAAUAAUGCUAACUGGAAUGACAGCUAUUCUUGUUAAAUCAACAAGUGGUGCCGGAGGAGUAGAAAAAAUGUUAGAAUAUGCAAAAGACAGAAUAGGUUCGACAGACUUCAGACUUGAUCCAACAGUUCGCUACCAGGUUUGGAAUACCUCAUUUGGAACCUUCAGUUCUUAUCUGUACAUAUCAUUUAUGCAACCAGCAAUGCAAAGAGUUUAUUCAACACCAACUGUCAAAACUGCACGUAAUCUGUACUUUAUAUCCACGCCGUUCUAUUGUGUAUUUACAUUGAUGGCAACAUUUGAAGGUGCAACUAUAUUUGCCUACUAUGUGGCAAAACGGUGUGACAUUUUAGGCAUAGGCAUUGUAAAAAACAUCAAUGAAAUCGUGCCUUUUGCUGUCUUAGAUUUAUUUCAAGACUUAUACGGGCUAGCAGGAUUGUUCACAGCGUCUUUAUCAAGUGCAGCUCUUAGUACGAUGUCAUCUUGCCUCAGCAGUCUGUCUGCUGUAACAUAUGAAGACAUUAUCAAAAUUAAGUUUCCAGACAUGCACGCUUACAGAGCCACUAAACUGUCAAAAGUAAUAGUUUUGAUUUAUGGAUUUAUCGCUAUGGGACUUGCCUUUGCUGUUGCACUAAUACCAGGAUCUGUUAUCGCCAUAUUUAUGAGUUUUAUGGGCUGUUUUGACGGACCAAUAGUUGCAACAUUUUUGUUGUCCACGAUGUACCGCAAAGCAACUACCAAAGGUGUUAUUGUUGGCGCAAUAUGCGGAUCAGCAGUUGCAUUGUGGCUGAACAUUGGCAGCCAUUUUUCAGGUGUUCCGCGAUAUCCAUACCUUCCCGCCGGACCAACCGAUCAGUGUGGCGUCUAUGACGAAGGAUCUAAAUUGUCUAAUGUGUCAAUGGCUACUAUCUAUCCUGUUACUGAUAUUCAUACGUUGUUUUCCGGAACUCAGAAAAUUGAAAUAUCAACUGUUCCUUCGGAACAAAAUGUCCGUGACCUUUCGUCACCGGAGACAUUUUACAGUAUUUCUUACGUACUGUUUUCUCUCAUAGGCAUGUGCAUCUCACUUAUCGUUGGAUUUCUUGUAAGUCUGUGUACAAGUCCGCCUAAACAGCUUGAUGAACGAUGUUUGUUCUCAUUCAGGAGACACAUUCUUGAGGAAUUAUGCGGACACAAGCCAGCAUCCGAUUCUACUGCUGAUGAUAAAACUGACAUAGAAGAAAUAACAAAGUUCAUGUCAAAAGAUGUGGAAUUAUAA